UGGUUGCGUUCCGGAUACAAUAAGUUUUUUUUUCUGUGGCUAACCACGAACGACGUUUCCAACCAGCGACAUUAUCGUCGGCUGGUGUACUUGACCAAAAAAACCAAUAAAAAGCCGUGAAAAUGUUGGGACGUAUCGCGCCUGGUGUCGCCCAGGUGACGGCGGUGGUCAGUCACCAGCAGAACAGGAAUAUGGCCACUCUGAAGUCCAUUUCCCUCCGUCUGAAGUCCGUAAAGAACAUUCAGAAGAUCACGCAAUCUAUGAAGAUGGUGUCUGCUGCCAAAUACACUCGCGCUGAGCGUGACCUGAAGGCUGCGCGACCUUAUGGGGAGGGUGCUGUCCAAUUCUAUGACAAAGCUGAGGUCCAGGCACCCGAAGAUGAGCCGAAGCAGCUCUAUAUUGCCAUGACCUCUGACAGAGGUCUGUGCGGCGCCGUCCACACUGGCGUGUCCAAGGUCAUCCGUCUCCGCCUGGCCGAGCCUGGUGCCGAGAACAUCAAGGUCAUCUGCGUCGGCGACAAGUCCCGCGCUAUACUGUCGCGUCUGUACGGGAAGCACAUCAUCUCUGUGUGCAACGAGAUCGGUCGCCUCCCCCCCACUUUUCUGGACGCCGCUCAGCUAGCUAACGGCAUCCUGACCUCUGGCUACGAGUUCGGCUCCGGCAAGAUCAUCUACAACAAGUUCCGCUCCGUGGUCUCUUACGCCCAGGACGACCUGCCUCUGUUCAGCAGGAAGGCUGUCGAGGCUGCCCCCAAGCUGGCGGUGUACGACUCCCUGGACUCGGAGGUGCUACAGUCCUACAUGGAGUUCUCCCUGGCCUCCAUGCUUUUCUACGCUCUGAAGGAGGGUGCGUGCUCUGAGCAGUCGUCCCGCAUGACGGCCAUGGACAACGCGUCCAAGAACGCCGGUGAGAUGAUCGACAAACUCACGCUCACGUUCAACCGCACGCGCCAGGCCGUCAUCACCAGAGAGCUCAUCGAGAUCAUCUCCGGCGCCGCUGCGCUAGAGUAAACCUACCACUUCGACAACGGAUUUUG